AUGGUAAAAAAAAUUAUACGAGAAGAAGGGAAAACAAUCACAGAAUAUCAAAGUGUUCUGUCAUACACAGUAUUCAUCUUCACCGCAUUGUCUGGGGCGGUGGAAUGUGGAUAUAUGCAAUUUUAUAUCUCUGUUGGAAUGAAAAAAGCGGCAGAAAAUCUUCAGUGCUGGAUUAAAAUGAGUUUCGAGAUACCUUUUAAAAUAGGAUCAUCGUUAAUUGGAAGAAGAUCUUUCAAGAAGGGAUCUCAAUUAUUAAAAGAUAUUUACAAUGAAAUAAAACAAGAGGUGACAAAUGACGGUUGA